AUGGGGCUGUGGCAUUCUUAUUCCUCUUUCUUAUCCUUCUUCUUCCUCAUCAUCGUGCCUGUGCUGGCGGAUCUUUCGGUGUUGCCCACCAACGACACGCACGAUCUGGCCUGGUCCAGCUCCGCGCGCUUCCGCAUCCAAGGUUCCAGUCCACUCAACGGCCAGAUCCUCGCCCCAUUGACGCAUUACCUCGUCAAUUUAUCAUCCAGCCAGGCCCAAAGUUUCGACGUCGCAGGCACGAUCACUGAGGUGACUGCCACUAACUCUCUGGCCGUCAAUAGCACCAAGAUUGCCUGUAUCCCCUGUGACGACUCUGCCGCGAAUUAUCCAGGAGAGUUAGGUGUCGAUCAGACUGUUCAAAGUGUGAUUACCGCUGCCGACCCCGCUGCAGCCAUCAUCCUCUACAGUACUUCUUCUACCCAUUGCAACCUGACCACGGAUGAUCAAACCGAGGCAUAUCGCUACAUCUUCACCUUCAGGGAUUUAACUGCCGUCGCCAACCUCACUCAGACCUUGAGCAGUGCUCCAAACAAGACCGUCUCCAUCAUCCCAAUGUCUUAUCAAACCACUACUACGGUUGACACCAGUGCUAAUACCACUGGUGACAGCCCCAACACAGCGAUGAUUAUCCUGUACAGCAUCACAGGUAUCAUCACAGCCCUCUUUUUGGGCAUCAUCAUCACCGGCGCGGUCCGUGCUCACCGUCAUCCCGAGCGGUACGGGCCUCGCCGAGUCGCUGGUCGGCCACGGCAAAGUAGAGCAAGAGGUAUCGCGCAAGCCAUGCUCGACACUAUCCCAGUCGUCAAGUUUGGCGAUACCAACGGCGUCGAUGCCGCCAAACGGGAUGUUGAAAUGGCCAACGCGGAGGAUCCCGCCCGCGAGCACUCCCCUCAUCGGUCAGAUAGCAUUUCCGAUGUCGGCCAGACGACUCCCCGCGAGACUGAAUUGCCGAACACUGAAAACGACGUCACCGAACAACCCGCUGCGACUGCCACCGAGUCGAAUCCCAACGCUGCUCCAGAUGGUGGUAACUUCUCUUGUCCUAUCUGUACCGAUGACUUCAUCAAGGGCCAAGACCUGCGGGUUCUGCCAUGCAACCACCAGUUCCACCCUGAGUGCAUCGAUCCUUGGCUUGUCAAUGUGUCAGGCACUUGUCCCCUUUGCCGUAUCGACCUCAACCCACCCAAGACCGAGGACAAUGCCGAGCAAGAAGGCGAGAACGCCGACCCGCAGAGCGCAGACGCUGCCGCCGACACCACUACAACCCCAACCACUGCCAGCACCCAAAGUAACCGACACUCCCACCGUCUAACAAACUACCUGCACGGGCCUCUCAACGCCCGCCGCAUGCGCAAUGCAACCGUGGAAGAACGUCUCGCCGCCCUCCGCCACGUCCGUGAAGCCAACCAAGGCGAAACCACCGGCGACGACGAGACAACUCGACCCAAUCGCAACCGCCUGUCAACCAGACUACGCGAUCGAUUCCGCAUCCGCACCCGCGCCCAUGGAGUCGACACUACCACCCCCGUUGAGAGUGGCGCGGCGACACCCACCGUGCCACCCGCGGCGCAUACCACGAACUAG